CAAGCUUCACCACACCAAGUGCACCAGUAGCAACCAUCUCACGCUCAUAGCACAAGACAGAGCGAGUAGAACCGAUAUCCUGUCUGUAGGACUGUAGCUGGCUAGCUAGCUAGGGCGGAGCCAUGGCCAAGAAGCGCUCUGCCACUGUCGCCUCCCUCCUGCUCUGCCUCGCUCUGGCGGCGCACGCCGUCGCGUCGGCCAGGACCGUGCCAGCUGCAGCUGGCGGCACCGCCGCGGCGGCCUCGCUUCCGGUGGAGAGCGGCGCCGGUGUAGGAGGAGCGGGCACGGCGGACGCGAAGAACCUGUUCGUGGGCGUGGGAGGCAUGGGGGACCUUCCGGGCUUCCCCGCUGUGGGCGGCGGCUACGGUGCUGGCUUCGGCAACAACGGAGCCGGCGUCUUCACGGGCGUCACGGGCCCGCUCGGCGGCGUCGGGGGCGGCGUGGGGAGCGUCGGCCCGGUCGGCGGCGUCGGGGGAGCCGGCGGCAUCCCUUUCGGAGGCUUCGGGGGUGGCAGCGCCCCGUUCGGCGGGGUCGGGGGCGGGUACGGCGGCGGAGGCGCCGGCGGCGCCACGCCUUGAGCAGGCCGCGGUGGCCGAGCUAGCUAGGGCGCUCCGGGACAUGCAUACAUGUACGUGAGAAGAUCUGUUGUUGGUGCAUGGUGGAUCGCGCUAGCUUUGACUAUGUAUUUCCUUGAACCUAGUGUUGUGUCAUCUCACGGUGCAGAGUAUAUGCGCAGAAGUACUUGGUAUGUGGACAACUAGUAGAGGUUGGAGUGUGUGUGUGGCCAGUCAGGGUUUGUGACUGUUGUGUGGUUGUGUACGUGUGUUUGGUCGUGUGUACUACCUGUGUACUAGCUGGCUAGAUAAUGGUAUGUACGUAGUGUGUGA